AUGGAAAUUCCCAACGCAGAAACUUGCGAAGAUAAUAAACCGAAUACACAAAGCGAAUAUUUUGUGUUAGGUACUGCAAUAGCUACAGAAAUGUUUUCUAAAUCACAAACGAGUAAAGAUACUUUCUUAGAACAAACAAAAGCUGCCCGUGAGGAACGCGCCUUGGAAAAAAAACGAGAACAAUCCGCUGUUAAAAUACAAUCUUUGAUUCGCGGAUGGUUAGCACGAAAAAGAUUCAUAACGCGUAUUUUGAAUGAUUUUGAUCAGCUCCUCCCAGAGACCACAAGUAAUAGUUCUCAAGAUGAACCACCUCCAUCAUUGGAUCUCCUUCCAGCCUUAGAUGUAUACAAAGUGACAUGUAGAUUAUUCUUAGUUUUCCAGCAAAAAAGGGAUAGAAAAAGAUUCGAAAAACUCUGUAAAUAUAUAGUACAGAGUUUACAUUCUGAGUCUGUAAAGUGCUCUUAUGUUGGUGUUUUUCUGAACAAAGAAUACAGCUUGCGAUGGAUUUCACAUAUAAAAGAUCUCUUAUAUAAAUGUUGUUUAUAUUUGGAAAUGCUAAAAUUAGAAUCCCCAUUGGACAUGCAGAGCAUCCUCAUACAUCUCCACACUCUGGUCGCAUUCACUGCCACAAACACAUGGGCACUAACUCGAUUAAAAAACUUUGAGAAGCUGAGAGGUGGCAUGACACAGUUAUGUGCAAAUGUUAUGGGAUCACUCUUCCAUAAAGGAUACUACUUGACGUUGAAGUCCCUUCUUCUUCGAGGCCUCUGCAGAGAAAAAGUUUGCUUAAAAAAUAUAGCACUGACAGCUAUAGUGACAUUGUCACUGAGACCGCUUGUCUCUGCCCAGUUUUCAGAAAAACUGCUUACUAUGUAUAUAAUACAGAUUCUAUCUGUUCCCACUCUUGUGUUUCACAUGAAUCAAAUUUCACCAGAGUCAAUAGUAACAUUCCGCACGAAUGGUAUGUUUGAUAAGUGCGUUGAGUUUCUGAGCACGGACCAGAAUAUGCGCAUCGUAUUUAAUACCCUGGAGGGCAACUACGCGCUCUGUCUGCUCGGCAAUCUGGUACAACUGGCACACUCGGAGCGCGAUCAUGCUGCUCCGGAUACAUACUAUCCUACUUUUGUGUUGGUGGUGACUCGUUUCCUGGACUCGUGUCAACAGUAUGUGGUCUGCAAGAAGGGUAAUCUAAGCAACUGGCAUCCGGUACUGGGAUGGUUCUCUCAGGGUCUGGACGCUUAUCUACCACCGGCCAUGACUAAUCUGCGCACUCAACUUUCUUUAUUGUGGGCUGCACCAUUACUACACAAAUUACUGGCGGCGCCACUUAAGGAAAUGUUGGAUGCGGGCGUGACAGGUGAAGAGGGGGCUGGUCCAUCUCAACCAUCCACACCAGUACAAAGUAACAAUCCCGCGGCGUUCAUACGACGAGCUAUAGAAGCUAGAACUAACAGAGGCAACUCUAACAAGAACUAUAGGAAACUCGGCUCUCCGGACUGCACAAAAGCAGCAUUAAUAUGCACAAUGUAUCACACGGCACUGCAGACCAUGAAACAAGUCAGACUAGAUAUACUGACAGGUUUAUGCAACCAAGACGAGAUUCUGUACUCUUUAUGGCAAUUCUUGUGCACUUUGGGGCCAAAUUGUGGCCUAAAGGCGUUUUUGGAUCUACUAGCCGCAAAUACUAAGGCGUCGGCACCGGAGUUCCAAAUGCUAGUACUAUUCGCUGAUUGUAUGACGCAUUACGUCACCAUACUGGACGACAUGGAAAUGUAUGAGCAACAGGACCCGUUUAAGCUACAAGAUUUUGUGAACAUGUCCCAUUUUCUCAACAUGUUCGUCUACAAAUCUAUAAUGGGACAACUAUUUGAUUUAAAGACGAUUCAAAGUAACGAGUUGUUCAGCUGUAUGCACACGCUGCUGCUAGUAUUGUAUCGUCGCGACUGUAGGCGUGUGUACACUCCGCCUAACCAUUGGCUGGUGAGGGAGAUACGCGACUCGCAGUUCAUGGCCGAUUUGGAGAAGGGCAAAAAACCACAACAGGUACUGGUACAGAAGACGCCUCACAUGAUAGCUCACGGCGAACGUGUGAGACUUUUUAGGCGAGCUGUAGCCGAUGAGAAAGUGGUGUUAGGUCUAACUGAGCGCGCGUGCGGCGGUCGCUCGACUCUAGUAACAGUGAGACGCGCGCGACUUGUAGAGGACGGGUACAGGCAACUAGCGGCUCUACCUAGUCGCGCACUCAAAGGAUGCGUGCGCGUACGCUUCAUCAAUGAGCAGGGGCUAGACGAAGCCGGCAUCGACCAGGACGGAGUGUUUAAAGAAUUCCUAGAAGAGACCAUAAAGCGUGUAUUCGAUCCGUCGUUGAACCUGUUCCGUGUAACGAGCGAGGAACGUCUGUACCCGUCACCGACCUCCUGUCUCCAGGAGAACCACCUUCAGCUGUUCGAGUUCAUCGGUCGAAUGCUCGGCAAGGCCGUAUACGAGGGCAUCGUGGUAGACGUUCCGUUCGCGUCAUUCUUUCUCAGUCAAGUGCUCGGUCAGACGCAGCAGGCGCUGUACAGUUGGAUAGACGAGUUGCCAUCACUAGACAGAGAUUUGUACCGCAGUCUUACGUACAUCAAACACUUUCAGGGUGAUAUUUCAUCGUUGGAGCUAACGUUUUCAGUAGACGAAGAGAGAUUAGGAGAAAUUGUGACACACGAAUUGGUGCCAGGCGGGAAAGCUAUUCCUGUCACUAACGAAAACAAAAUCAAUUACAUACAUUUAAUGGCACACUUUAGAAUGCACACGCAAAUAAAGGACCAAACGAAUGCUUUCAUCAAAGGAUUUCGUACUAUUAUAAAUCCGGAGUGGCUGUCGCUAUUUUCAACGCCAGAGCUACAAAGACUGAUAAGUGGCGACAACGUGCCGCUGGACUUGCGAGAUUUGCGUCGCCACACGCAGUACUACGGCGGGUUCCACGACUCACACCGCGUCGUGUGCUGGCUGUGGGACGUCCUGCAGCGAGACUUCACUGAGAACGAGCGCGGGAUGUUCCUGAAGUUCGUAACGUCGUGUUCGAAGCCCCCUGUGCUUGGUUUCGCUCAUCUCAAACCACCGUUUUCGAUAAGAUGCGUCGAAGUUGGUGAUGAUGAAGACACAGGCGACACUAUAGGUAGCGUGAUCCGUGGAUUCUUCACGAUAAGAAAGAAGGAUCCCCUGAAUCGACUGCCCACUUCCUCCACAUGCUUCAAUCUCCUGAAGCUGCCCAACUACCAGAAGCGUAGCACGCUCCGUGAUAAACUGCGGGGCAUACCCACUAACCACACGUCACGGGCAUCCGCCUGGCAACCUAUACCCUGUGGAACGAGAUCUCUGGUUCAGGCUCAGGUGUCUCUUCCCAAACAAGUUGAGUCGUGCAAUGCACAAAUAGUCGUUAGGUGUCGAUGUUGGUCCCAACGACGGUCAUGUUGCCGUGAUCGUGCCGGGGCCCGCCGAGCGGAGAGACCGCGUCCAUCUACCGCACCCACUGAUGUGGCGCCUAGAGGACAACACUUAGCAAAGCAAAGAUGUGUUAGACAAACGCUAUCAUCCAUUUCGCAAUUUGAUCCCACUGAAUGUGAAGAAGAAAUAUUGUCAAUAAGCAAUGUUUUAAAGGCCCCCUCAAAAGAUUGUGAUGUAGGCAUCGUAUUGCUGCAGGCAUGA